AUGAGGUUGGAAAGCAUUCUUCUACCAGUCUGUCUAUUAUUUUCUGUGUUUUUCAAACAUUCAGAAGCAGAAUGUGAUAUAUCUGGACAUACUUUCAUAUGCACUAAUGAGGAACAGAAGUCGAUAAUAUAUCAGUACAAUCUCAAGAAUACUGAGGAGGGAAAUAUCAACAUCACUGCUAUUGAGAUUUUGAAUUCAAGUCUUCCAGCUAUUGGCGAUUUCCUGAAUUCUUUAGAAGAUGAAGUGACACGAAACGUGAGAGAAAUCAAACUGAAUCAUUGUGACAUCCGAAAUAUUUCUGAGAAUGCUUUUUCUAAUUUUGAAGCUUUGGAGGUACUCGAUUUGAACAAUGAUGAAAUAGAGAGCAUACAUUUCCUAAAGUCAAUUCCAAAGUCUCUGAGAGAAAUUCACAUGAAGUCUAAUAAAAUUCGAGAAGUUCCAGAUAUAUUCUCCCAGCUGGAGAAUCUUCAAAUUGUUGACUUUAGUAACUGCAGCAUCGAAAACUUGGAUUUCACUGUUUUCAAAAAUAACUUGAAACUCAAUCUAGUGAAUGCAUCUCACAAUAACAUUAAAAGUUCUGUAUCAGGAGAAUACUUGAAGAAUAUAAAAUGCGUUGAUUUGAGUCACAACGAGUUAUCAAAGUACGAUAAUAUACCUUCGUAUUGCUUGGAUUUCAGUGCUACAAAUAUGACAGGUUACCAGUGGUACAAUAUCUCUGCAAAAAACACAACCGUCUUCAUUGAUACCUUCUUCUACUCUGGCAAUCAGCAUUUACGUCUCACAGCAUUGAAUAAGAUGAAUGAUACUCUUCCAAUCGAAAUACAAUACCUAAAUAUCUCAAACUUCCAAGGAAAGAUUCCAUCUGAUCUGGAUCUACAAAAAAUCAAAGUGAGAAGAGAGUUGAUAUUGAAAGAUUCAAAGAUUCUCUCCUUGGAAAAAUCCAGCUUCGAUUUCAAACCACUAUUUUUUGAUGAAGGGACCAAUGCAUUAUUCGACCUAUCUUCUUGUUCCAUCAGUAACGUAUCUCCUCUCUAUUUCGAAAAAUACAAUUUGGGCACAUUGAAUUUAUGUCACAAUAAAUUCAAAUCCCUGGGAUCUUCCGUCUUCAGAGAUGCUUACAUCAUAAAGUUAGAUUUGUGUAAUUCCACUAUCGAAACAAUUGAUAAACAAGCAUUUGAAAGGUUACAUACGCAUACAUUGAACUUAUCUUUCAAUUCAAUCGAUGAACUAGAAUUCUUGAGGAGUAUUGGAGAUAUCCACGUUCUAGAUCUAUCACAUAAUGCUUUGAAAACGAUACCUUCCGGAACCUUCUUCAAUUUGAAUAAUAUGAAAAGUCUAGAUUUGAGCUACAACUUGAUAGAUGUCAUUGGGGAAAAUAGUUUUCAUCACAAUAAGGUUGAAAUCAUAUUCGUCAAUAACAAUAAAUUGGAAUCUAUAGAAACUGGAACAUUCAAGGAUAUUCCAAAUUUGAGAGAAGUUUAUCUGCAAAAAAAUCCUAUAAGUAUUAUUGAAGCAAAUGCCUUCGAAUAUCUACCUAAUCUCAGAUUGAUCCAACUAGGGAACACAGAAAUCAGCGUUAUCCAACCACAUGCCUUCACUAAUCUACAGAGCCUGAGAACACUAUACAUGAAUGAUAACAGACUGGUAAAUCUACCUGCCCAAAUAUUCUUGAACGUACCAAAUCUUGAACAACUGGACUUGAGUGGAAACUCUCUGGAGGUAAUUGAUGGUUUGAAAGGAUUGAAUCUAGAAACUCUGAGGCUGACCGUUAACGAUAGGUUUCACUAUGAUGAAUUCCACAUGCCAACUCUUAAAUACAUAUAUAUAGUUGAUUCAAACCCUCAGAACAUUCGCAACACAAGACUGUAUAACCUGGAGAAAUUGUAUAUCAUCAGUUCACCGAUAGCAGCUGAGCAACCACAAAGUUCUUCUGAUGGUUAUUCCAGAAUGAAGCAGCUAGAUGUAUUUUCUAAUAUCAAGGUGAUACCACAAGGAUAUGAGAUCACUUGCUCGCCUCAGUCCGUCUGCUUUCGUCGUAUAUAUGAUUGA